UCUUUUUUGAUGUAGGCUUGCAGAAACUAGUGAUGGCAGCCCACUUACUAAAAUUGAAAUAUCUGAGAUGUUUGACGCAUGCAAAACAACAGCAUGUUUUAAAACAGGCUGUUUCAGACAAUGUACCUUUCAUCAGUGUGCUGUCAAACCCCCAAUAUGUUUCCAUGACAACAAACAGUCAGACGAAAAAAACACCUGAGUCAGCUGAAGGGAAAACAGAGAAGAAGGUGGCAGCUGUCACAAAAGUGGAGGAGGAACCCGAUGAGAUUGACCUGUACAGAGAGAAGUAUAUUCCCAUCACCAGAAGAACAUUAAUACGGAGAGUCAUUGAGGAAAAGAAAUUGCUGACAGUCCAGGAACAGAGGAAAUUUGAUGAGUUUGCCACUGCUUUGGACUCAGCCAUUGUACAGGAGUAUCACGGUGUCCUAAAUGAACUCAAGACCUUGUUUGACCCAGUUAAUCCAGAUAAAGACACAUUACCUUCACAAAGGUUCACACGUACAGAGAGGUUAGACAAUGAAUUCUGGCUCCUACAGAAGCUUGAAGAUGUAAUGGAAAAGGCCAAUUUUUACAGACUCUCAGAUGAUACAGUUAAUAAAGCCCUCAAACCUCAUACAACACAAGGCAUAAGGGUAAAAGUAGACAGAAAUGAGUACAAUAUCUUAAGCAUGUGGAUCCUUGGGAAAGAAAUAAAGCCUUCCAGCAUUCCAUGGUACAAGUCUUUGUUCUCCAAGAAAACAGACACAAAGAUUCCCAAACCAGAGUAUCUCAAACGAGUGGUAGUCAUUUGCCGGCUCAAAGGGGACCCAAAAAUCAUGCUCAAAUGUUUCAAGGAGAUCCCAGCCAAAUCACUGGAGAUGCUACUACCAACAGGACGGACAAGCAUGACACACACAGACAAGCUUCUGCUAGCUAGUUCCACAGCUGUUGGACUUUGUACAAUUGUAGGGGAGGCCAUGUUAUUUUCAGCUUACAGUAAAUUAUAUUUUAUGAACCUAGCAGUUCCUACUGUGCUUGCUUCACUUCUCUUAGGCACUGUAGCAUUAUCUAAUUACACCAACAAAAGUAUGAAGUACUUAGAAGACUUGCAUAGGAUAUCAUAUUUUAAGACUGUAGCCAACAAUCGAGGAUUUUUAGCUUUAAUGGUAGACCGUGCCCAGGACGAGACAUUUAAGGAGGCUCUUAUUGUGUACAUGUGUAUUCUGUCCCAUAGACCCCCAGGUGCCAGGCAGGAGGACACAGGCUAUUACCAGAUGGUGAUUGCUGAACUAGGUGGGGCAACAGAAGAUGUGAUAAACAAAUGGGCAGAAGACUGGGUUGCCAAGGUGACUGGGGUCAGAGUUGAAUUUGACUGCUCAGAAGCUGUGCAUCUCAUGAAAAACCUAGGAAUUCUAAGAGAACACAAAGAAAAACUGUCAGUUUUACCACUGGAGGCAGCCAUUAAGAAUCUUCCACGUCAGCCUUUUUCUGUCAUUGUGAGAGCAAAUGAAGUAGCACUUAAUGAGGGCAUGGACCGAGACGAGUUCCUAGAAUCACAAAAACAGUACAAACAGGAAGACAUUAGGUCAAAGAAAUAUGGCUGGUUCUCACGAUUCUUCUCAUAAUCCAGUCAGUCUUAGCAAAAAAACGAAAGCCUUCAAGUCUGAAACAGUCUACAAUAUUUAAAGAUUUAAUCAUUAAAUUUAAGUAUUAAAUAGGGUCUGAAACUUAUGAUUUAAAAUAUCUUUGCAUUUUAUCUGUCAUGUACAUGUAACUGUUUAUUAAUGUUAGUGAUCAAUUAUUUCUAGUCUACCCUCCAUUACAAUUAACACUAAGAUGGACUAAAGCUUGAUACCAGAGUUAUUUUUUUGUUACAUAUCAAGGUCUUCAUUGCAAGCAUACUUUACGAAACUGACUAGUUUCUGUAUUUGAAUUAUAGCAUAUUUAAAUAUUAGUUUCUGUAUUUGAAUUACACAUAUUAACUAGAAAUGCAGAAGAAGCAUUUGACACAGUCAAUAAAAAUGGGCAAGGCCAUAGAACCAUUAGCAUCUGUGAUUAGAGGAAUUGUGGUGUUAAUCAGGCAGCAGUCAUUCCUCUUUCAUGUCUUUGUUUGCCUGAAAGCAUGUAUGAGUAAGGAAAAAAAUGUAAUUCAGUGCAAAAAUGCAUAAUUGUGUCGAAUUUUAUCUAAGUAUAAUUGGUGCAUUAAAAUUGAUGUGAUUUUUUUUUCAUGGUAGAAUCUACUGUCAGAUUAUUACUACAUUAAAAUGUGUGAACUAUUUAUCUGAGAAUAUUGUGCAGCAUAAAAAUAUGAAUAAAUGAGACAACCUU